GUGACCUAGACAAGUUCGUUGAGUUGCCUGGUGACGUUAUGAGGGUUGAUGAUGAUGGUGAUGAUUCACUGUACGAGCCCUCCAUCCCGGAUGAUGAUGACAACAGGGAGUUGCCUGAGCAGCCACCAGGGGAAAUCAGCAACGAGGAGCUGCAAGAUCUCAUGGAAGUUGAUGCAGAGCCGAUCAACAGGGUCCCAGAGGGGGUUGCCAGCGCCUUUGUGAAUCGCUUUGAGCAUCAGGAGGCGAUAGGAAACAUCGCUUCGGCAGCCCAAGUUGCUGGAGAUCCCGAUGGAAGUGGCGAGAUCAUUGUUGAGCUCGGGGGUGGGCUUGUGAAGGUCCAAAGGCCCUGUGCUUCCAGGGAUGAUGUUACCGAGGUAGAGCUUGAUUUGGGGUUGACCUAUGAGGGCAUGGUGAAAGAACUUAAGGCUCUGGAAAGCCUCGCGGUCGGGGACAUGAUGUGGCAUGUCGAUCCGAAGCAGCGUGUCAUCAGCACUCGAUGGGUGGUUGCCGCUAAGACCGAGCGAGUCGAAGGUAAAGAGACCCCACUCGUUCGUUGCCGGAUUGUUGCCCGGGACUACUCCACUGGUCCUUCUGCGGCACAGUUAGGGAUCAGCUCUCCGACAGCCUCUGCUGAGGCACUGAAGUUGUUUCUCGCUGUGACCGGGGCCAAGGGUUUGAACAUCCUAGGGGGAAAAGCUUUUCUUGAAACUGAACAAAGCCCUCUACGGGCUGCGUUCUGCCGCCCUGCACUGGACACGACACCUGGCCGGUCUGCUCAAGAAGCUCUUUGGGAUGACUGCGUGUCCCACGGAACCGUGUUUGUUCGUUGGGUCCUAUACAAAGGGAAGCCAAUCUACGUGCUCAGCUACGUCGAUGAUUUGCUGCUGGCAGGGGUGAGCACUGAAGAUCUCUACGAAAUGGUGGAGUCCUUGCGCAAGGAGCUGAAACUCAAGGUCACGGCUGACCUCGCAAAGGAUGGCAAGAUCCACUUUCUCGGAAGAGAGAUUUUUCGGUCAGAACAGGGCGGGGACCUCAAGUUUGGAAUGGAUCCCGGAUAUAUGAAAGAUGCCGCGGCUAGGUAUCGACGAGCUUUGGGAAAGCUCAGCUGGCUCAGCACCACACGAGGAGACCUCGUCUACUACGUUUCGGUUCUGGCUCGGGGCCAGAGCUCACCUCAGGAGGUGCAUGAACGAGCUAUGCGAGCUGUGCUUAGAUAUCUCAAGACCGUAGUGAACUACUUUCAGCUCUUCCCGCGCCAAGAAGAAAAGGAGCUCAAGCUCCACUCCUACGUGGACGCCUCAUGGGGCAGCGAGCGCUCCGUCGACCGGAGGUCGAUUUCGGGCGGCUGCCUUAUGUUGGGAAAGGCCUGUGUCAAGACGUGGGCGAGGCUUCAGCAGUCGGUAGCUCUCUCCUCUGCGGAGAGCGAGCUGUAUGCUUUAGUCGAGGGUGCCAAAGAGGCUUUGGGAGCGAGGUGUGCUGUCGAACACAUCUUGGGUUGCGACCCAGUUGUGCCCCUUCUUUACUGUGACAGUGAAGCCGCCGUCGCUAUCAGUCAUGCCGAGGGCCUUCGUAAACUUCGCCACAUAGACUUACGAUCGUGCUUUCUUCAGCAGGAGGUUCAGUCUCAGUCCCUCCGUGUGGUGUCUGUGCGCGGCACGGACAAUCCGGCCGAUAUAUUUACCAAAAACCUCGACCUGUCCUCGACGCUCCGGCAUAUGCAUCACAUCGGCUUAUGCUCCACCUUGCUUCCAGAGGGGGUAAAGGGGUAUGGAGCUGAGUACCAGAAGCAUCUUGAUGGCCUGUGGGCUGUGCAUCGGAAGCUGUGGGCCGUUGUCAGGGAAACGUGUGAUUUUUCCGAUCACUGGGCCAUCGAGUGGCCAGUGAGAUGCGCUUACUGGACAUGGAAGCAGACAAAACACUACUUUACACUGCAGAAGUAUCCGAUCCACGAGACUCUUGUGGAUGCGUGCUCUGUGGGGCUUCAAGGGUGUGACGGGCUUCCGGUGUCGAAGCGUUGGAGGGUCAUGGUCACGCAUGACAGGGCUUUCAAGGAUGCCAUGGUUUCUUUCUCCUCGCCAAGCGGGCAG